CCCCUCUGACUAAAGUGUAGAACAUGGUUGGACAAUUUGUCAUUCAUUUCGGCAAUAGGUUUCUAAACUUGAUGAGGUCUCGCGUUCCCGUAACUCGUCCCAUCUUCGUAAAUCUGCCCGCACACCUGGAGCUGGCCGCGACAACGAUUUUGCGCUAUCUCCAAACGACUACGGAGAGAACCACCAAAUGCCAUGCGACCGUUGCCGCACGCGUCAUUAUCGAUGUGACAGCAAACAGCCGAAAUGCGGGAGAUGUGAACAUGCCAAGAAGGAGUGCAUCUACGAGACUGGCAGGCGCUUUCGACGAUCAUCGAUCUCAGAGUCCUUCAGCGAUAGCCAGCCAUGGGUUUCGCUGCCUCCGCGAAUCCAAUUCUUUGACGAGUCAAGCGACAUACGUUCCCAAUACACAACCGAUAGCUCCUCUCCAUUCACCGGUUCUCCUGUAGGCCAUGUCCAGUUCCAAAACGCCAGUUCUUCUGGAAGUGGCAAUGAUCACGUUGAAACGCCCACCUCUACUUUGAUCGCUCCAACAGAAGGUUUCACGGUUCUAUCGCUACUAAACGCGGAGUCCCCUGUCCAACAACAGAUGUCCACUCCUCCCCCGCCGCACAACCACCAAGUGGGCAGUGUCUCGUUCCAACACAACAACUCCAGCACCUUUGUCUACCAGCAGCCUCCAGGCGAACCCAUUCUAUGGCCACUAGAGCAUGAACAAGAGGCGAUGCUGCUGCAGCAUUACAUCGAAAAUGUUGCACUAUUCUUCGACAUGAUUGAUCACGAGUGUCACUUUGGUGUGCACGUCGUCCAGAGGGCGAAACAGAAUAGUACGCUGAUGAACGCCAUACUCGCACUGUCUGCUCGCCACCUUAGUCGGACUACCGACUUCGACCCCUACAUCGCCGAUGCAUACUACCAACGCUGCUUCGAUACGCUAAUACCUGCGCUGAAUGAAAACGUCGCCAUCAAAGAGGAAUCAUUACUUGCAGCGACCAUCAUUCUGCGCCUGCUUGAAGAAAUGAAUAUCUCAGUGAUAGGGUCGGAUCCUCAAGGCCACCUUUUUGGUACACAAGCUAUCAUUCGCGCGGCCGAGCAGUCGUACGCUGCGACAACGGGACCUAGCUUCCGGCAAGCCGUUUACUGGGCAGCCUUUCGCCAGGAAUUAUGGAUCUCUUUGAUGACACAGCGCGCCUUCCAACUACACAUAUUUCCUGCUGAUCGCUCGCUCGAGCCGGCUAAUGAUUCUAUCUGGGCCACACGGACAAUCGCCCACCUAGGCGAUGUAAGCAACUUCGUCUUUGGCGAAGGAAGACAUAGCCUUGCCAAAUACAACCAGCUGAUGGACGAGAAUAAAUCCUGGAGGACAUACAGACCGGACAGUUUUGACCCGUUCUUCUUCCGUCAGGAUCCGGACGGUAGUAGCCGCAACUUCCCAGACAUCCGCUUUCAUGAGAAAUCACAUGUUAUGGGCACGCAAUACAACACACUAGCUCACAUGUUACUAAUUGUACAUGACCCGGCCAUACCGCAGCUUGGUCCAGCGCAUAAGCAAGCACGUGCUGCUGUUGACCAAAUGGUGCAAAGCGACGUCCGCACACUCUGCGGCGUUGCACAGUCCAAUGCUAAAUUUUUCCCGAGCAAGUUCGUGGCAUGCUUCGCUAUUGCUCUUGUUGGAGAUCGCUUCACUGUUCGAGAAGACCAAGAAAAACUACGCGAACUAUGGUAUGCCUGUGAACGAGCUCAUGGAUUUCCUCCCACUACGGCCAUAGUUCAUUUGGAAGAAUCCUGGGGUUGGCAUAGUCGCUGAAGGUCAAAUGGCUCUAUCGUCAGCGGGAAGCC